ACGCGGGGACAGCGAAGGCCACGACAAGCAGUCCGACGACGUGGCUCCUUCCUCAUUUCAUUAUUACUCUCUGUCCGUCUCUCACUUGCCAUAUCUAUUGUCACAUCCUCUCCUGACGUCCUUCGAAUCUGUUCCUGCCCAACAUGGCAGCCAAGAACACCACCAUCAAGCGCAUCCUCAAAGAAGCCGCCGAAAUAACCACAAACCCCACCCCAGACUUCCAUGCCGCCCCACUCGAAGAAAACCUCUUCGAGUGGCACUUUACAAUUCGCGGCCCUCCCCGACCCUCCCCCUUCGCCAACGGAAUCUACCACGGCCGCAUAAUCCUCCCACCCGCCUACCCACUCCGCCCACCCUCAUUCCGCUUCCUGACCCCCUCAGGCCGUUUUGAACCAAAUCGCGAAAUCUGUCUGAGUAUCUCGGGCCAUCACGAGGAGACUUGGCAGCCGGCAUGGGGGAUUCGAACGGCAUUGGUUGCGAUAAGAAGUUUUAUGGAUACGGAUGCCGGGGGCCAGGUCGGGGGUAUGAGUGCGCCGGAUAAUGUGAGGAGGGGUUUGGCGGAGAAGAGUAGAGAGUAUUCGUGUGUUGGGUGUGGGAGGAGUGGCUUGGCUGUGCUGGAGGAACAGGAGGAGAGGUGUAAAGAGCUUGGACUCGAGCAGGCGAAAGAAGAGGAGAAUGCACUGGUUGGCAAGAUUGGCUUGAUUGAGCCUAAGAAGGAGAAUGCUGCUGAGGAAUCCUCUGAUGCAGUGGCUGGUGCUUCUCGACCUGUUGAAGCUGUACCUGUUGAAGCGCCACCACCACCUACUGCUCAAGACCUUCAACCUACGCCCACGACUCAACAGGUGCAACAAUUACCACCUCAAUCUCAGCAGACUCAAACACAACCAGUCCCCGCAACCCAACUCCAACAACCGCUACCACAACCAGCAACUACAACAACAGACGCCUGGAUCGACAAAGCCAUCAUCGGCAUAGUCAUCGCCCUCGUCCUAAUGAUCUUACGUCGCGUCGCCUAGAUACCCCCUUUAUUUUCUCUCAUACUCCUCUACUUGUUGCAUUAGGCGGUCCUUGGUUUUACUAUUCGGAUGGAGUGUUUUCUCGCGGGACAUGGAUAGAUGGGGUGGGUCUUGGUGUUUUUGGUAGGGGAGUAUAGAUAUGUUUGAUUGGAAUCAUAGACACUUUAUCCUUCUACUUGCUUUUGGUAUGGACUGUGAGAUCAUUGAUUGGUUGAUGGCGUACGUGUAGUGGUUUUAUAACGUUCGCUUGAGAGCAUGGCUUGAUAUCUGACGGGAUCGAGUGCUCAUUGUGGU